AUGACGCGAGCAGCGGUUCCGCCGAUUCUGCUACAGCUUCAAACCCCAGAUUCCAUUUCCUCUCAAAUCACCUCUCUUCGAGCCUUAAAGAAUGAGGUGAUAGGCCAUGACCAGCGCAAAGAGAUUUAUGUUGCUGCGGGAAUCGUCCCGACUCUGGCCUCGGUGCUCAGAUCGCGAUGGUCAGGAAACCAAUCUGCGAUUGAAUCUAACAGUUCUGUGACCCAGGCGACCAGAGCCUAUCAAUUUCCAGCAGAAUCAGAAGAAUCAGAAGCCUGCCUGCAGGCAAUCCUGAUCAUUGGAAGCUUGGUGCAAGGUGGUCCAACUUUCCUCGCCCCAAUAUUCGCCAGCGAUAUUCUUCCCACGCUUCUCUCUAUCUUGUCCUCGCCGGACUGCCCUCGGCAAUUCGUUCUUCCCAUCCUCCGACUUCUCAACACAAUUGCAGACCGAUUACCGUUGCAAAAUCAAGACCAAUGGCCCCGGGAUACCCGAUUGGCAGAUAUUGUCUUCGCGCCUGAAACAGUCGGAGCUAUCAGACGCAUUAUUGCACAGAACUAUGGGCCCUCGGGCAGCCAAGCCAGUAUUGAGCUGGCAGCUGCCUUGAUUGGAAAGCUAUGCACAGAAGAGAUUCACAAAACAACGCUGGCGGAAUGUGGAGUACUGGACGCCCUAGCUGUUAAAAUCGCGAGCUUCGUGAUCGCCCAAGGGUUUGUUCUACCGGGUUCCGAGGACCAUUUACAUGAGCCUGGAGCUUUAGGUGAUUUCCCACCGCCUGCCCCAGCAUCGGCGCGGUUGGCACCCAUCCUUCGCGCAAUCACUGUGAUCAUCGAGCACUCGAAGUGGCGGGCAGAGCAUUUCCUUUCCUCGCCGGGAAUUGUCACCGUCUUCCCCAAACAACUCCCUGGAUUCGCUCCGACUGACAUUAAAAAAAACCCUUGGGGAACCACAUACUUGUCAGGCUCGGCGGUACCCCGUCAUUCCAGCACAAACCCAGUGGAUCAUCUUCUCCCGUCAGUUCCAAUGGUACAUGCCAAACCAGCCUCAGGCUCGGCCAACUUCCCGCCUCUAGGAAAUCCUGGUGUGCAGCGUCGCCAGAGCCAUUCUUUUUCCACGCCGUUUUCGCUGGCCGAAACGUCUCCGCCAGAAGAGGAUGAAAACUCCAUCGUGCCAUGGCUGCUUUGCAUCCUCCGUUCAGAAGGUGGUAUGGUUCAACUAAUGGCGGCUCGGCUAGUGACUGUUCUUUUUCGGCUGGGCCUUGCCAAAAAGCACCGAGUUCCAAUGUUCGGCUACCUCUUGGUUCCGAUUCUUAUUCGCAUGCUGGAGAAAGACUUUGAGGUCCCCGAUGAACCUGGUGCGAACGAUGAUGGACUCAUCACCCCGACACAGCUUUUGAAGGAGGAAGCCCCGGCUGUCUUGGCCAAUCUGGUCAUGGAUGACCCGGAACUACAAAAGCAUGCUGUAGAUGGAAAUGCACUCAAGCGACUUUCUCAGCUUCUCAAAGAGACUUAUAAUCCAGUUCCAGAGACCUUACGACCCAUGUGGCACUCGGAGGGGGAUAUUCCAGCUCGGGACCCUGAAACAAUGUCGCCGGAUAGUCGACUGGGGCCUCCUGGAUAUUCGCCUACACUUUGCCACAUUAUGAGAUAUCGAGAAAGUAUUCUCAAGGCUUUGGCUUCGUUGGUACCGUUUAAAGAUGAAUGGCGAAAAAUACUUUGUGAUAACGGAGUGGUUCCCUAUAUCAUCGACUCCCUCAAACCACGGCCAAGUGAUGCUCCUGCCGACGCCGCUUCGGUCCCAAAGAAUACUGCAGCGGAUGGCAACCCGAUACCAACACUUUUAGCUGCUUGUGGUGCAGCUCGCAUGCUCACCAGGUCGGUCAGCACCUUGAGGACCAGCAUGAUUGAUGCUGGCGUGGCCCAGCCACUGUUUACACUUGUUAAACAUCCUGACCUAGAAGUCCAAAUUGCGGCAACUGCAGCGCUCUGUAACUUAGCACUGAAUUUCAGUCCUAUGAAGGAGGCGAUCAUUUCGGGCGAGGUAAUUCCCAUGCUUUGCGAGCACGCCCGCUCACCCAGUACCAAGUUGCAGAUAGAGUCCUUGUGGGCCCUCAAACAUGUGGUCUUCGAUACAUCCAAUGAUAUAAGAAUGAAGAUAGUUGAAGCUCUAGGGCCUGCUUGGAUCCGACAAAUCAUCAGCCAAGACCCACUCAGUGCCCUGACUAGACGCGGAAUGGACGAAGAGACAGAGCAUGCUAUUGGAAUUGCUAUGGGUCGAGCCAACUCAGCGGGGGAACAAGUUGACAUCCUCAACCCCAUGGAAGAUAUAGGCGAGUCAGCCGAAGGAUUCAAGAUGGGGGGUGACAGCAUGCCUCAAUCGAAGAUGAGUUUGGAUAUGUUCCUUCCUGAUGCCAGGCGUCGGCGCAAGCUUGUCAUGCAUGGCAACCUGGAGCAGUCCACUCAGUCGAGACAAGAUGACAUUGCUGUCCAAGAGCAGACAUUUGAUAUGCUGCGCAACAUGAUGUGCGGGACUGGUGCACCUGAAAUGAUCGACUUUCUCUUCCAAGAGAUCGGCCAGAAUGAGUUUCUAGACGCACUCGCUGAUAAUUUGCGCCCGCGCACCAUCCAAUUACCACAUCGCCGUGAGCUCUCCAACCGGGAAUUACAAGUACCGCAAGAAACCCUGCUCGCCGUCAGUGCCGUUAUCAUCCACAUUGCCGCAGGACUUACCCGGCACCGGCAACUGCUGCUCUCUCACCCAGACCUCCUACGGUUCCUGUCCAAUUAUUUCAGUCAUUCUAACUCAAAUGUGCGCGCCAACUGUGCUUGGGUGGUCAUUAACUUGGUCUACCGUGAGAACCAGAGUGAUCGUGAAGCAUGUCGCGAACGUGCCACUAGACUCAAGGCUCUUGGGAUUGUUGAUCAAGUAUAUAGUCUCGAAGAUGAUCCGUCCCUGGAUGUCAAGGAGCGCAUUAAGACUGCUAUGCACUUAUUGAACCAACUGUAG